AUGGCGAGAUGGAAGUCCAUCGUGUCGCCGAUGCCGUCACCUGACGUGCCAGGGCUUGAGUCUGUCGACAUCUCGGACAAGGCAAUGGAGCGUCGCAUCGUCCGCAAGCAAGAUCUUCGGAUUCUGCCGUGGGUAUGUCUCACAUAUCUUCUUAACUACUUGGACAGAGUCAACUUGGGCAAUGCCCGAACGCUCAACAACGAUACGCCAGAAAACAACAUGGUAACGCAGCUCAACCUCACAGGUCAGCGGUACAAUGUUGCCGUGGCCCUCUUUUUCGUCCCAUACGUCCUCAUGGAGUUUCCUUCCAACAUUUUGUUGAAGUACUUCUCCCCCAGCCGCUGGAUUGCCCGCAUCAUGGUGAGCUGGGGCAUCAUCACCAUUUGCACGGCCGCCGUCACAACCUACGGCGGCCUUCUGGCUGUCCGCAUGGCCCUGGGUCUUGCUGAGGCAGGCUUCUUCCCCGGAAUAAUGAUGUACCUGUGUUUCUGGUACAGGCCCGAGGAGCGCGCAACCCGAAUGGCCAUAUUUGCAACCUCAGUUUCCGUCGCGGGCACCUUUGGGGGUCUGCUCGCUACGGUGAUUUCGUUUCUCAACAAAAAGGCUGGACUGUCCGGCUGGCAGUGGCUUUUCAUGCUCGAGGGGAUACCGGCUGUAAUUGCCGGGAUCAUGGUGUGGUUUUGGCUCCCCGACUAUCCUCAGACGUCUGCGUGGCUGACGCCUGAAGAGCGAGCGUUUGCUGUGAAACGUCUUGGGCCGCAUGCACCAUCCAUGAAGGACAAGCAUUGGGACAGCCAUGUGACAAAGAAAACCGUGGUUGACCCCUGGUUUUGGCUAUUCGCGGCACACUACUUUCUCAUGACGAACUCGCUGAAUGCUUUUGGUUAUUUUGCCCCGACCAUCGUGGCAGCGUUAGGAUACAAGGGUUACCAAGCCCAGCUUAUGACGGUGCCGCCAAACGUGGUGGCCAUGAUAAUCGUCAUUGGGGUUUGUCUUCAUAGCGACAAAACGAGAGAGCGGCCGCGACACAUUCUCGGGGCUUUGGCAUUCCUUGCGACGGGAUAUCUGCUGCUGGCUGUCGUCUCGCAGCGAGGCGUUCGGUAUUUCGCAGUGUGCAUUAUUGCUUGCACAAAUGCGGCGGUUCUGCCUUUUGUUGCGUACCGAACGGCCACGGUACAAGGCUCAACAGCGACUGCACUUGCGACUGGCGGAAUGAUUGCCAUCGCCAACUGUGGAGGCGUAUCGGCACCGUUUCUUUUCCCCAGCGGCGACUCUCCAAUGUACAGCAAGGGCAACUGGACCAUUUUUGGCUUUCUCGUUUCCGCGGCUCUCCUGACCAUCUGGAUGUGGUACGCCCUGGGCAGUCAUGCUGGGUAUAGGAUCGGUGAACGACAUGGCCAAAGAAACAUGGAGGUUUUGGAUGCGGUACCUUGUGAUUCCGACGACAGCAUGAAUAAGGCAUUUGGGAUUUCCAAGCCGAAUCAAGUGGAUGACUAG